AUGCUCCCAUCCAGCAACAUUAGGCUACCAUCUAUUUUAUUUACCCCGCAAGUAGAGCGCAUACCAUCUACUAUCGCUCAAGGUUUGUUUUCUAUUGGAGUGUGCACCUGACCUAGUCCGCAGGGGUAUCCCCACCCACCCUCAGCUGCCUGCGAGCAGCAGAGAGGUGCUUCGUCAUUGCAAGACGCGUCACUGGAAUACUCGGAUCGAUAUGCUGUAACUUCUGAAGGCGUCGGGAAACACUUGAAUUAUGAUGGUGGAAUAAUACCAGGAAGAAACAGGAAGAAACGUCUCACCUCUCAGUGGAUCCCUGUACCUCGUCCUGUCUGAGAUGUCUCCUGUGUUUCCAUGCUGAUGUUUGUGUGUACCAUGACAACAGAGGCUAGCGCGGUGGGUGAGGCGGACACAGAGGGCAAGCCGAAGCCCAGCGAGGCAGAGAGAAAACCGGAGAACAAGCAGAGCUCAGAGGCAGAGAUACAACUGGAGAACAAGCAGAGCCCAGAGGCAGCAGCAGCGGAGCCAGAGAGGGAGAAGCCCAGCCAGAAGACCCAGAAGCAGGCCUCAGAGCCUGGCUCCACAGAGAGCCCUAUUUUCCCCACCACCACCACCACUGAGGAGGAGCAGCUAGUGAAGCCCCGCCAGCGCACCUCAGCCAGCCGGGGCCUCUCACGCCUCUUCUCCUCCUUCCUCAAGCGGCGCUCGCAGUGCACAGACGUAGAGUGGGCCGAGGUCGAGAAGGCGGAGAAGGACAGGAAAGAGAAGGCAGAGGCUGGAACAAAGGAGGAAAAGUUAGAGCAGGCCAAGGGGGAGGAGGAGGAAGAAGCAGCAAAGAAAGCAGAGAAGAAGAAAGAGGAGGAGGAAGAAGCAGCAAAGAAAGCAGAGAAGAAGAAGAAGAAAGAGGAGGAAGAAGCAGCAAAGAAAGCAGAGAAGAAGAAAGAGGAGGAAGAAGCAGCAAAGAAAGCAGAGAAGAAGAAAGAGGAGGAAGAAGCAGCAAAGAAAGCAGAGAAGAAGAAAGAGGAGGAAGAAGCAGCAACGAAAGCAGAGAAGAAGAAGAAGAAAGAGGAGGAAGAAGCAGCAAAGAAAGAGGCAGUGAAGAAGAAGAAAGAAGAGAAAGAGGCAGCAAAGAAAGCAGAGAAGAAGAAGAAAGAGGAGGAAGAGGCAGCAAAGAAAGCAGAGAAGAAGAAGAAAGAGGAGGAAGAGGCAGCAAAGAAAGAGGAGGAAGAGGCAGCAAAGAAAGCAGAGAAGAAGAAGAAAGAGGAGGAAGAGGCAGCAAAGAAAGCAGAGAAGAAGAAGAAAGAGGAGGAAGAGGCAGCAAAGAAAGAGGAGGAAGAGGCAGCAAAGAAAGCAGAGAAGAAGAAGAAAGAGGAGGAAGAAGCAGCAAGGAAAGCGAAGAAGAAAGAGGAGGAAGAGGCAGCAAAGAAAGCAGAGAAGAAGAAAAAAGAAGAGGAAGGGGUAACAAAGAAAGAGGCAGAGCAGCAGAAUCAAGAGGAAGAGGCAGCAAAGAAAGAGGAGGAGAAGAAGAAGAAAGAGGAGGGAGAGGAAGCAAAGAAAGCAGAGAAGGAGGGAGAGGCAGCAAAGAAAGAGAAGAAGAAAGAGGAGGGAGAGGCAGCAAAGAAAGCAGAGGAGAAGAAAGAGGAGGAAGAGGCAGCAAAGAAAGCAGAGAAGAAGAAGAAAGAGGAGGAAGAGGCAGCGAAGAAAGAGGAGGAAGAGGCAGCAAAGAAAGCGGAGAAGAAGAAGAAAGAGGAGGAAGAAGCAGCAAAGAAAGAGGAGGAAGAGGCAGCAAAGAAAGCAGAGAAGAAGAAGAAAGAGGAGGAAGAGGCAACAAACAAAGCAGAGAAGAAGAAGAAAGACGAGGAGGAGGCAGCAAAGAAAGCAGAGAAGAAGAAAGAGGGGGAAGGGGCAGCAAAGAAAGAGGAGAAGAAGAAAGGGGAGGAAAAGACAACGAAAAAAACACCAAAGGGGAAGAAGAAAGAGAAAGAAAAUAAAGAGGAGGAGAAGGGGAAGAAGAACGAGGCGAAUAAAGAGGUAAAGAAGAACGAGGAGAAUAAAGAGGUAAAGAAGAAAAAGCGGAAGGGCAAAAAGAAAGCAGGGGAGCAGUCCACAACAGAGGUGCAGGUGAAGGCCCCCAUCGCGGCCCCGGAGCCAGAGCUCAGAGCAGAGGCGGAGGGGGAGGCUGAACAGGAGAGGCAGGAGGAGCCGGUAGAGGCCCAGGACCAUCACUCCAUCAGCAGCACAGAGACACAGCCAGCACAGGCGGAGCAGAAGGCCAACACCGAGGUAGAGAAGGAGGCGGUAGAGGGGGAAGAGAAGGAGGCGGGAGUAGAGGAGAAAGAGGAGAAAGAAGAAACAGAGGAAGAGCCAGCCGAGCAGAUGGAGGAGGAGGAGGCAGAGGCGAACGGAGGGGAAGGGGAGAACACUAAUGGAGAAGACCAGACUGCUUUAGCAGAGGAGGCCAAACCCUCCAAGCGUCCGCGGAUCAUGCAGUGUAAAGUCACCCUCCUGGACGACACUCUGUUUGAGUGUGAGCUCGGUAAACAUGCGACGGGCUCGGAUCUGUUUGUGAAGGUGUGUGACCACCUCAACCUACUGGAGAGAGACUACUAUGGCCUGGCCGUCUGGGAUACCCCCACCUCCAGGACAUGGCUGGACGCCUCCAAAGAGAUCCGGAAACAGGUGGCAGAUUAUACCUACGAGUUCACUUUCAACGUGAAGUUCUACCCUCCUGAUCCAGCUCAGCUCACAGAAGACCUCACCAGGUACUACCUGUGUCUACAGCUGCGUAAAGACAUCCUGAGUGGCCUGCUGCCAUGCUCCUUUGUAACUCUGGCCAUGCUAGGCUCCUACACGGCCCAGUCUGAGCUGGGGGAGUAUGAUCCAGAGGUCCACGGCUCUCACUACACCAAGGAGCUGAGACUGGCCCCGGGACAGGGCAAAGAGCUGGAGGACAAGGUCAUGGAGUUGCACCGCACAUACAGAUCCAUGAGUCCAGCCCAGGCAGACAUGUUGUUUCUGGAGAAUGCCAAGAAGCUGUCUAUGUAUGGAGUGGAUCUGCACCAAGCAAAGGAUCUUGAAGGUGUGGACAUCACGCUAGGGGUGUGUUCUGGUGGUCUCAUGGUCUACAAGGACAAGCUGAGGAUCAAUCGUUUCCCCUGGCCCAAAGUCCUCAAGAUCUCCUACAAGCGAAGCAGCUUCUUCAUCAAGAUCCGUCCCUCUGAACAGGAGCAGUACGAGAGCACAAUCGGCUUCAAGCUGCCCAACUACAAGGCCUCCAAGAAGCUGUGGAAGGCCUCAGUGGAACACCAUACCUUCUUCAGGGUGUCGUCCGUGGAGCCCCCGUCGUCCCGCUCCCGGUUCCUGGCGCUGGGGUCAAAGUUCAGGUACAGUGGCCGUACCCAGGCCCAGACCCGCCAGGCCAGUUCCAUGAUCGCCCGGCCCGCCCCACGCUUCACACGGUCCGCCAGCAAGAGGCUGUCCCGCACCAUCGACGAAGCUGGAGAUGAUGAUCUCCAUGCCUCGCAGCUCUCUGCUAGUCCAAACAAGACAGAGGAUGACGAUUGGUUCUUCAUGCUGGGAUCUGACCAACCCCAGACCUUUUUUUCACCAGCCAGAGGGGGGGGGACUUUCUCUGUGGAGAGUUCCACUCAGAGCUGGGAUGAUGGCAAGUCCGUCCAGACAGUCAGACAGGCAUGGCAGGAGACUGAGACAGGCCAGACGGUCAGCCUGACAUGGCAGGGACGGGUGUCUGAUGGACAGCAGCAGGGGAGACUGGUGGAGGAGAAAGAGGAGGAUUGGUUUGUCCUGCUGGGCAGACGACCCUCCCUCCCCUAUUUCCCCUACCCCAUGAUAAAACCGCCAGUCAAAUACCGCUCUGCCAAGGUGGCAAAGGUGGCCACGGCCAACAUUCUGGAGAGGCUGCUACAGCCAAGGCAGGAACCAAGUGAUGACUGGGUCAUGCAGUUGGACCGCAGCUUUGAGUUUGUAGACACACCUCCAUUCUCUCCCCCGGUCUCCCUGGAGAAGGAGGAGACUAGGCAGGAGAGGAGGGACGUGAUCAAGAGGCUCCAGGAAGGAGUGUUCCUGGUGGAGAAGCUGAGGGAGGUAGAGGUGCUGGAUGAGAGACUGAGGGAGGUGAAGGUUCUGGAAGAACGGCUGCAGGAGGUGGAUGAGCUGGAGGAGAGGAUACAGGAGGAGGUGGAGGCCAGGCAGCAGCAGGAGGAGGAGGGAGGGGUAGAACAGGAGGGGGGGGAGGUAGAGGAGGAGGUGGUAGAGGCAGCGGAAGAGAAUGUGGAGGAAGUAGAUGAGUUGGAGGAGCAGAUAAAGGAGGUGUUUCUCAAAGGAUUGCUGCCAGAUGAGUCAGGGGAAGAUGAGGGACUAAAAGUGGAGAGUAUGGAAGAGGCAGAGGAAUCUGAAGAAGGGUGGUCAAAUGUGGCGAGCACCUCCUCUGUGGUACGGAGAGUAGAGUGGAGGACCCAGAAUAAUGUGACUAUAGUGAAAGAGAUGAGACAACAAGAAGGAGAGAUGGAGGAGGAGACGGUGGACCAGGUGGAGGUUUCAGACGAGGGAUUGAAAGAGGAUGAAGGAUGGUUAGAGGAGAGGAAGCGUCAGGCUUUGGAGGAAGGGUUGCCAGAGGGGCUUGAGGAAAGGAGAGGAGAGAUAAGAGUGGAAAGGAGGAGGAAGAAGGUGACUAUAGUGACACAGGAUGAGAGUCUUCCAGAUCAACUAGAGAAGAAAGCAUCUGAGAGGUUGUCAGAGGACCAGAUAGGAGGCCAUUUUUAUAAAGAAGGACAACUUAUGGUGAAAUUCAAUGAACUAUUUGCGGCAGAGAAGUUAGGGUUACCGGUAGUUACAAUUCAGCAGUGGCUCCAAGAACAGGAGUGGCUCCAAGAACAGGAAAAGGUCAGGGAGGAGAAACAGGAGGAGAGAGUGGAACAGGGGAAGGUUUCAGGCAAGGGAUUGAUAGAGGUGAAAGGAGGUCUAGAGGAUAGGAUGCGGCAGAUGUCGGAGGAAAGGUUGCCAGAGGGAGAGCAGACUGUCAAGAAAAACAAGAAAACAGUGAGAAUAGUGGAAGAAAUGAGGAGAACACAGAAGACACUCGAGGAAAAGUCAUCAGAGGACAUUUUAUCAGAGGAAAGGCUGGGAGAUGGAUUUUAUACAGAGGGGGAAGUUUUGGUGAAAUUCAGAAAGGAUGUGGAGAGGGUUCCACAUAGAGUCAGACAAAUGGAGAAGCCCCAAGAAGAAGAAGAGGUGGUGGAAGUGAAUAUGCAGCCAUCCCAGCCAGAAGACAAGGACGAUUGGGUUGUGUUGCUGGACAGCCUCCCACAUAAGACUCUUUAUAAGCCUCCAGUCAUGCCAGUCGACUCCGCUCUGGUGCCUGUGGUCUCCACAAGAUUCUCUGUGGUGUUAGUAGACACGGUCGAGCAGAGAGCACCAGAGAGGGAAUGCAUUGAAGUGGAGGCCACACAGCAACAGCCUGAAAGCGGGUUGGUGGAAGGACGGAGACCGUGGCAAAUGCAGGAAGAUGAUUGGUGUAUGCUCUUGGACCUGGCUGAUCGUGUUCCUUCAGGUGUACCAACCACACCAGUUUCAGCUUCUUUGCAAGAGCAAGUUCAGGUGUACGUAGAGGAAACCAUCUCUUCCAUGGUUAAAGUGAUGACAGUAGUGCAGAGAGAGGAGAGCAGGGUGACUGUAGUGGAGGAGAUGGAGUUACAGGAAGACCAGAGCCGUCUGGAACAGAAACCGUCACAGUCACAGAGAGAGAUGGAAGAUGACUGGGUUGUCCUGCUGGACAUUGUUCCCAGAGAACCAUCUGUGAUUCCGUCAGUAUCUGAGGAAUGUGUGUUUGUACCAGCUUCUGUGGAAGAGUGUAUUCCGGUAUACCCUGAGGAAAGCGUCUCCUCUGUGGUUGAGCUGACAACAGUAGAGCAGAGAGAGGAGAGAAGGGUGACUGUAAUGGAAGAGAAGCAAGAGGAGCGACAUCAAGAAGAAGUUAUACUUCCACCACAGCCAUCAAGAGAGAUGGACGAGGACUGGUUUGUGCAACUGGAUGUCGUGCCCAGAGAAACAUCCUAUAUACCACCAGUCGCUCCAGCAGAGCCAACACCGGUUUCUCCAGAUGUGAUCAGCCCUGUGGUUGAGGUAAAGGCUGAAAAGCAGAAGCCAGUGGUGGUUCUGGUGGAGGAGACGAGGCCACAACAGAAAGGGGAAGUAGAGGAGUGGCAGCGACAACCAGAGAGAGAUGAUGAUUGGUUUACAACGUUUGCUGAUGUCCGUGAGGAGCCGAUCAUUGUACCACCAGUUGCUCUUGGUGAGCAUACUCCGGUAUAUCCAGAUUUAAGCCAGACCACCUCUGUGGUUGAUGUGACGACCAUAGAAAAAAUAAUGAAGAAGAGGGUGACUAUUGUUGAAGAGAGGUGGGGACAGCAAGAGGAGAUACUCCAGUCAGAGAUGAUCAUCUCAGAGCAGAGACCACCAGCAGAGAGAGAGGAGGGAGAUGGCUGGUUUGUUCUGUUGGAUGCUGUCCGUCAAGAACCUGCUGGGGUUCUACCAGUUUCUCUGGCUGUUAGCGAUAGGGUAUACCCAGAGGUUGUGCCAGCCAAACAUCUGACCAUUGAGCCUGAACCAGGAGUGUUUGUGGUGGAAGCAGUCAGAUCCCUUCCUGAAGACGUUGCCCUGGAGGGUAAGGCAACACAACCGCAGAGAGAGCUGGAUGAUGAUUGGUUUUUGCAGCUGGAUGUUGCCCCUAAAAUAGCAGCGUUCCACGUAGACAGAGAGGUUAUAGAGCUGGUACCCCGGAGAACAGUGGUUGUGGUGGAGGAAACUAGGAAACCACCUAGAGUGGUGGAGGACAGACGUCAACCGGAGGUUGAACUGGUGAAAACACUGCCUCCCCAAGAGAGAGGGGAGGGUGAUGAUUGGUUGACGCUCUUUGAAGCCUCUCGUCAAGAGCCUGUGAAGAUGCCAACAGUUGCUGUGGUAACUAGACCUGCCCUUGUGGUUGACGUGAUGAUGACGAGCACAGAGCAGAGAACCCAGAAAAGGGUGACAAUAAUGGAGGAGAGCUGGAGAGAGGAGAGGACCCUGCAGCAGAGACUGCCUCAGAGACAGAUAGAGGUGGACGAUGAUUGGUUUGUCCUGCUGGAUGCUGCCCCUAAAGAAUUAGUUGCUCUCAGUGAGCGUCUCCAGGACUAUACUGACAUAACUGUUGUCAAAGGUCUAGCCGCUCAGCCCAAACCCACAGUGGUGGUUUCUGAGGAGAAGAGGCCGCUGUUUGAGAGGAGGGUUCUGGAGAAGAGACCAGCACAACCCCAGAGAGAUGUGGAUGACGAUUGGUUUGUGUUGCGGGAUAAAAAAUUGCGUGCAGUGGUGGCCACCCACAAGGCCGCCCGUCCGGUCAGCGCCCCAGUCUUCUCCCAGGCAGCCCUGAUGGAGGCAGGGAUUCCUAUGGCCCCCCUGGACCUCCAGCAGCCCCAGACCUCCACCCCCAUCAGACUGCCAGCCCGCCAGGACGACAGGAAGCUGGAGGUCACUGUGGAGGCGGUGGACGAGGGCUCAGCCGAGGUCAAGUCUGAGCAGACGGACACUGAGGAGCCGGUGCAAAUGAGGAAGAAAAGAGCUAAGAGAACUGAGGGUGACUCAAUUUAUAUCAGACAUAGUCUUUUAAUGUUGGAGGACUUUGAUAAUCCCCAGGAGGAUCUCAUCAGGCAUCAUACUAGUAUCAGUGAGCUGAAGAGGAACUUCAUGGCGUCUGUCCCAGAGUCCCGGGGGCCCAGCGAAUGGGACAAGCGCUUGUCCACUCACUCCCCCUUCCGCAGCCUGGGCAUCAACGGACAGCCUUUGCCCGAUGCCGACGGGAGUGUGUGUAUUACUCCUAUAAGUGAAGAGCUGGACACUAAGGCAGCGCUACAACAGGACGAGUCCAGCAGCACUGUAAGGCCAUCGGGGGGGCCCAGCCCCAGCCCUGCUAGCACAGAAACUGGGCCUGAUAGGGUUGACUCCAAAUCCCAUGAUGCACCUGUGGUGGCAGGGCCAUGUGAUCAGGAGGAUGAGCAUGUUAGCUCUGGGACCACCAUCGUUGAGGUGGAGAGGGCACAGCUGCCCCACUCCUAUCAGCUCCAGGGUACAGUGCUGGAGGAGGAGGAGCCGGCAGACCCAGGGUCGAGGGGGGAGCAGUCUGGGAGGAUAACUGGAGCCUCCCACACCUCCUAUUUCGUGAGCGGUGUUCCCCAUGUCAUACGCUGUUUCCAGCCCCCUCUGGUGCAGACCCAGACAGUCACCAUCACAGACGUGUCCAACUCCCUCCCUACUGAUGUCUCCACUAAGGAUGUCCCUAUCGUUCAGACCCAGACUAUCACCUACGAGUCUGCAGAGGGGUCAGUUGACGGGACAGACGGGGGGAAAGAGGCCACAGCACUGAGCAGCAUUCAGACCUUUACCUCAGAGAGCAGCAGGGAAACCAGUGGCACCUCCAUUACUACCACCACCACUCACAUCUCCAAGGUGGUGAAAGGAGGAGUGUCAGAGACCAGAGUGGAGAAGAGAAUCGUCAUCAGUGCCGACUCAGAGGAUGACCAGGGAAGCGACGGCGGAGCAACAGCAAUGUGAUUCAGCUCAACACACAGUCAGGGAGCCCUAUGGAUCUGAUGCUCAAGACACCAGAGCUUUGUAGUACAGGGGACCAAGUGACUAACCUCCCUGUCCCAGAGCCACCCCCACCUCCUCAACCCAUACUGACAUUGUGUCCUGACUGGUCCCCUCCAGAACCACCGUGGUUGCAUCUCAAAUGACCAGAGCCCUGGUUGGGAUGCAUCCUGGUGUCUCCCUGCCCAGUGGGAUAUGAACAGGCCAGGGAGAAAGCCUCUUGUGUCCUCUCUUUCCAUACUGCUGUUCUGACUGUAUGGUGGCUUCAUUUUGGUCUAUUCCACUCAAACCUCAUAUUUCGCCAAAUUACUUUUUUAAAAUUAUUGUAGUAGGAAAGAUGAACCUUUUCAGUUCUAAGAGCAUUUAGGUCGUUUGCUUUUAAAUGUUUAUUUACAACAUAUUUUUCUGUCGUUUGUAUUGCUACUACUGUAUCAUUGAGUUUAAGUGUGGACUCAGCGAUAUGACAGAGAUGCAGAAAGUUAACAGCGUAGUGGGUCAAUUUCAGCAAAACAACUAAGAGCAUAGAAGUGAGAGGCUCAACUUCUCCUCUGUUUUGGUGCCAUGGUUCCAACGCUGUGAACAGAGUGAAGCGAACCCGUGCACAUGCCCAAAUACUGUGUGAGAGCAAAGUCUUGCAUCUCGCUCAUCUCAAUAUCUGCGGUGCUGGUCGAGGCAACGGCAUUUUACUGAGUCUCCCUUUAACAUGCUCAUUUUGAUAGAAAUGCACUGUUUUCAACUGAGCUUUAAGUAAUAACAUUAUCAGACUUUUUCAAUCAGAUUAAGAUGCUGAACAAAAACUAGACGCAUUUUUGGAAAGGGAUAACUCCUUUGAGUUUGUUUACGUUUGUAAUUGAGGAAUAUUAUUUUUUUAUUGAAUAUUCAAAUUGAAAUGACAUACCUCACUUAAAAGUAUUGAACAAAGAUAUUGCAUACUCAAACAAGCAGGCCUGUUUUGGAUUUGUUCUCUGCUCAGGUAAAAUAUCUCUUUCUUAACCAGCCAAGUUAACAUGUGUAAUACUACUAGGUCAGGCCACGAUGACCCUCGUUAUAAACUUUGACGUGAUGACAACUGUCUGUUUUUAAAUGUUUACUCUAUUUUAUAGCAUUACUGCUUUUAUAGUAUUUGUACAAAAUUAGGUUUUUAAGUUAUUGAAGUUCAUAUCCUACCCAAUGGUAGCUUCUCAUAUCAAUAUUGUCUUUUUUUUUACAGCUUGAUUUUGGGAGUGUCCCAUGUUUCCCAGUACGUAUUCAGCAUUGUUUUUUCUUCCUCUUUUAAUGCACCUUUGACCUCUAGGACUGCCCCACGCAGUCUGAUGUGAGAGCAAUGGAAAGUCCCGCUGUGUAUUGUCCCUUAAAAGGAUUUUAGAUCGAAACGUGAUUGAUUUUCAGAUCCUUUUGUUGUUGAUUUGAUGAAACAAUGCUUUAGUCUGUUUCUCAGGUUUUAUGUCUUUGUCAAUACUGCAGGACAAAACCCCUCUGUAUAUGAUUGUAUGAAGAAUGUUCAGUCUUAAUGUACAUUCUAGCCCUGCAGAUAGAUGGGUCCAAAUGAUACUCAGCUCUUAAACACCGUAGUACAUGUGCAAGAUGUAUUUAUCACUAUCAAAAGGCAGCUGUCCCAGUGUAUGUGGCUUUUCUUUCAUAUAGGGGAACAUAUUUUGUCCUUUUGUACAUGUUCUACCAUCAUUUCUUUGUAAAGUAGAGACUGUUUCAUGUGAUUCAUUGUACUGGGAUGUUUUUUAAAACACGAACAUGUUUGCAGGCUUUUAGACACAGAAGUCACAUUCAUAAUAAUCUAGUUUGUAUAUCUUUCUUACCACCUGUUUUAGAGUAGAUUGCUGUACCCUGUCCUUUUGUAGAUCAGAUAAAGAUACGUGUAUGAGAACCCUUUUAGAGAAUGACAAUUGGUAGCAGACCUUUCUUCUCCUCUGAAGAAGUUUGUGAAGGUGGCACAAACCAUUAGCUAGAAGGAUCUUGAGGGCAUAAACUAGAAUCUCAGCGGAACCCUUCGUUUUUAGAUUUGUAAACAUAUUGUUGCUUUUCUGUGACAUAUCCCUGUCUUAAAGUUAAAUAAAAUCAGAAUGAAUUAUCAA